AUGGAGGGACCGCUCUCCCCAGGGGCCACCAAUGGCACCUCACGAGCGCCUAGCCCCACACCGCCCACUAUCGACCCUCAGAUUAUCGUCGACUACCUGGAAAGGAUCCUCGAAGCCAAUCUUGGUGCCACAGAGCGAGAUCUCCGUGCACCUGGCAGCUUGCUCUCCGAAGACAAGCGCACCGAUACCCUGCAGAGAUGCGCGCAGUUCUCAAAGGAGAACCAGUCGGUGCUCUACAUCGUCAAGGAGCGAAGUGCCGAGGUUGCUAUAGACGGGCUGGACGGGACGAAUGGCACAAAUGGCGUCUCCCAAAUCUACACGUACACUGUUUCGACCGAUCUCUCCGCAUCCCCUCACUGCGCUGCGUUUGUUAUUCUUCAGAAGCGACCGAUACCCAUAGACUCCUCGAUACCCCUUAGCGACCAAGUUCAAAUUGCGACUCUUCCCGGCUUCAUCCUUUCUAAUACCACUACUUCGCAAGAUGGCGCACCCUUGGAGUUCUUGCAUUCAUUCAUUCAAUCUGCCUUCGAGCCGUAUUUCGACAGCUACAACAAGGCGAAGACCGUGCGUAACCCUAAGGAGGUCUACAGCAAAGGCGACAGUGACUCUAGGACAGGCAUCUCUGCAGCGAAGAAGAAGAUUGCCGAGUUGGCAUUGGCCUUGCAGCACAUGACCGAUGAAACAGAGAUCCCGGAGCUGCUCUUGCCGUUUCAUCCACAAAUCCUUCUCGCAAUUCAGGCAGCAGAGGAUCGAAAGAUGAAGCCCUCGCCGGAACUGAUCCCUACCGCCGUCGUGCAGGAUAGCACCUUCCUCAAUCAGCUACAAGGAACUGUCAACAGCUGGAUCAAAUCGAUACAGAACAUCACAAAGACCACUCGUGAUGUCUCGACAGGAACAGCAUCGCAAGAGAUCAACUUCUGGAUAUCCAUGGAGUCGAGGCUGCACGACAUCGAGACUCAGCUGAGUAGUGCGGGCGUCAGAUUGACUCUAGACGUGCUGAAGAACGCCAAGCGAUUCCAGGCCACAGUCAGUUUCAGUGCCGACACUGGCUUGAAGGAGAAGACCGACCUUGUACAAAAGUACAACUCCUUGAUGAGAGAGUUCCCACUGGAUCAGUUGCACACCUCUACGUCUCUGACUGCAGUCGAUGAUGCGAUCAAUCAGAUCUUCAACCAUCUCAACAAGAAGCUGCGCAUCUGCCCAUACCCGAUUCGUCGAGCUCUUCCUCUCGUGGAGGCCAUCUCUGGCGAUCUCGAUACGGAGUUGCACAAGAAGCUGUCAGGCCGCACCUUGAUGCACAUGGAUUAUCCCGAGUUCCAGGCCAUCAUGAAUGUAACAGAAGGCAUCUGGCGUACAUGGGAGGAGGAUGUCAAGGAGUUCACGAAUGUCGCUCGUGAAGUCACGAGGCGCAGGAAUGAGAAGUUCAUUCCCAUCAAGAUCAACCCACGCCACCGUGAGACCGAAGAGCGAAUCCGUUACGUUACUACCUUCAGAAAGAACCAUGAGCAGCUACAGGCCACCAUCGUCAACGUUCUCGGCAAUGAGUCUACCUCAUCUGAUGGAUCGCAGGCGAAGGAGGUCAUCAUUGAAGAGAUCGGAGGCGUGGACGCCGUCAAGGAGGUCAAGGAAGCUUACGACGUUCUCAAAGAUGUUGAUGUCCUCGAUGUGUCCCCAGAAGGCACGCGUGAAUUCGAGCAGGCCGAGCAGAAGUACAACGAGCGCACCGCCCGAGUCGAGAAUUCGAUCAUUUCACGACUUCGUGAUCGCCUCGGAACCGCCAAGACAGCAAGCGAGAUGUUCCGCGUGUUCUCCAAGUUCAACCCUCUCUUCGUUAGACCUAAGAUUCGUGGAGCCAUAUCAGAGUACCAGACACAGCUUAUCGAGAGCGUUAAGAUGGAUAUUCAGGCUCUACACGAACGCUUCAAGCGCCAGUAUGCCAACUCCGAAGCCCACGCAAUGGCGCAACUCCGCGACUUUCCACCCGUUUCCGGUGCUGUCAUCUGGGCGCGACAGAUCGAGACUCAGCUGGACAAGUAUAUGAGCAAAGUCGAAGAUAUCCUUGGCAAAGACUGGGUCCUCCAUGCCGAAGGUCAGAAGCUCCAAGCAGAAAGCAGCAUGUUCCGAAAGAAGUUGGAUACGCGUCCGAUCUUCGAGACAUUUCUGCAAUCAGUCGCGCGAAACAAGCUUUCUAUCUCUGGACGCCUGUUUCUCGUCAGCAGGAAUCGUGCUGCGGGUAAUAUUCUAGAACUGAACGUGAACUUCAAUGGUCAGGUUAUUGCUCUGUUCAAGGAAGUGCGCAACCUGACCUGGCGCGGAUUCCAGGUUCCGCACGGCAUCAACAACAUAUCCAAAGAGGCCAAGCGUGUCUACCCAUACGCCGUCAGCCUGAUGGAGAGUGUGCGAACGUACACGCAGACCGUCCGUUCGAUCUCCGAAUUGAGUGGUGUUGCUCUUCUGCUCAACAACUACGCGAACGAUGUUCAGGCACACAUCAACAGGGGUGUGCCAUUGAAGUGGGAAUCGUUCGUUCACGCAUAUGACCUGCAUGUCCGCCAACCUGGAUUUCCCGCAGGUGCUGGAAGCGUCAGGAGUGAGAGCAAGCAUGUACAAUUUGUUCGCGACUUCCAGGCCGCAACCUCUAUGCUCCAGACCAAAGUGAAUCUUCUCAAGGGCAUCAACGCCACAGUUGAGAAGGCACUCAAGGAACUGGAGACAUGUCCAUACACCAAGGAGGCCUUCCAACAGAAUUUGGAGACCAUACAGAAGUCUGUCGAUACGCUCAAUCUGGAGAACUACGCCAACCUUGCAACGUGGGUGUCAGAGAUGAACACUCGCAUUGAGUCUAUCUUGCUUGUGCGCCUGAGAUACGCCAUGUCGCAGUGGAUUGAUGUGUUCAAUGAUGGCGGCGAAGAAGAUGCUGACCGUCGGGUCACUGCCGAAACAGCAAGCGGAGAUGCGAACGAGGUCAAGCCAACAUUGUCGCAGCUCACAUUGGAGGUCACCAUGCGGAAUCAGCUCAUUUUCCUGAGUCCACCGGUAGAGUUUGCCCGAGCGAGCUGGCUCGAGCAGCUUCAGCAGUGGCUCGCGGUCGUUUGCACGCUCCAGAAGGUCAAAGCUUCGCGAUACGAGAUUCGCCUGGAGUCGACGAAGGACAUCACUGUCAAUCAGUUCUCCGAUUUGCCGAGCAAGUGCACCGACUCACUCAUCGAGGUGUACAACGCUGUUGAAGGCAAGGUUCGCGAUGUAUCCACUUAUGUCGACAACUGGUUGCAGUUUCAAUCUUUGUGGGAUCUUCAGUCUGAAGUCGUCUACGAGACCCUCGGAGAGGACCUUUCGCGAUGGCUGCAGAUGUUGCAGGAGAUCCGCUCUACCCGCUCUACCUUUGAUAACUCGGACAUCAGCCGACGCUUUGGUCAUGUCACAGUUGACUACGAUCAGGUGCAGGUCAAGGUCAAUGCAAAGUACGACCAAUGGCAAGCGGAGAUACUCAACAAAUUUGCCAACAGGCUCGGCCAGCGCAUGAACGAAGUGUUCGUCGAUGUUUCGAAGGCACGCAAGGAUCUUGAGGUGCAGACACUGGAAGCGUCCUCGACGGCACAAGCUGUGUCGUUCAUUACUACCGUACAGCAAUGCAAACGCCAGGUCAUGGAAUGGGAGCCUGAGAUUGCAACCUUCCGACAGGGCUCACAGACGCUAUCGCGCCAGCGUUACCCACAACCCCCGAACUGGCUGCCCAUUGAGCAGAUCGAGCACGAAUGGCAGACACUGACUGAGGUCCUAGCCCGGAAGACAAAGAUUGCCGACGACCAGGCUGACGCACUCCGGGCCAAGAUCGCUGCCGAAGACAAGAUUGUCAACCAGAAGAUUGCCGAUGUGACCAACGAGUGGGCUACUGAGAAGCCAGUUGCCGGAAACCUCAAUCCGGAAGAUGCGACCGCUGUCUUGGCCAGGUACGACAAGAGGAUCGAUCAGUUGACUACUGAGUCUGGCAAUCUGUCAAAAGCGAAAGAAGCUCUUGGGCUGCCCCCGUCGCCCAUUACUGUUCUGAACGGGCUUUACGAAGAAGUGCACGAUUUCAAGCAGGUCUGGGCAAGAGUCGGUACCAUUUGGGCAUCCCUGGAUGACCUGCGCGAACAACUCUGGACCAGCAUACAGCCGCAUAGACUCAGGAAGAACCUUAACGAUUUGGACAAAACCACAAAGGAGUCUCUGCCUAGGAUCCGACAGUACCAAGCCUUUGAGUAUGUGCAGAAAUCCUUGAAACAGCUUCUCAAGGAGAACAAGACGAUCGAAGCACUGCGCUCCGAUUCUGUGCGCGAACGUCAUUGGGUCAAGAUUUUUAAACAGCUGAAGCCCGGAAAGAUGUACUCGCCUACAGCCAUGACCCUGGGUGAGGUAUGGGAUCUCAAGCUUGGCCCAAGCGAGAAGAUCAUUUCGGGCAUACUCGAGCAGGCAAGCGCCGAGCUGGGCUUAGAGAUCUACAUCAAAGAAGUACGAGAGACAUGGCAGAACUACGAGCUGCAACUUGUCGGCUAUCAGAACAAAUGCCGUCUCAUCAAGGGGUGGGACGAGCUGAUGGCCAAGUGCAGUGAGAAUCUCAAUGGACUCGCGACAAUGCGGCUUUCACCAUACUUCAAGGAAUUUGAAGAAGAAGCAUCGGUGUGGGAGGAUCGACUGAACCGCGUCCAUGUUUUGUUCGACGUUUGGAUAGAUGUACAGCGUCAGUGGGUGUACCUCGAAGGCGUGUUCACUGGCAAUGCCGACAUCAAGCACCUGCUCCCUAUGGAAUCAUCACGUUUCAACAACAUCAACUCCGAGUUCAUGCAGGUCAUGAAGAAGGUCUGGCGUCAUCCUGGCGUGAUGGACGCUCUCAACAUUCCAGGCGUUCAGCAGUCGCUCGAUAAACUUGCGGAUAACCUCUCCAAGAUCCAGAAAGCCUUGGGAGAGUACCUCGAGCGCGAACGCGUGGCAUUUCCUCGCUUCUACUUCGUCGGUGACGAGGAUCUACUCGAGAUCAUCGGAAACAGCAACGAUGUUCUGCGCGUUGCCAAGCACCUGAAGAAGAUGUUUGCUGGUCUCUCUGGUCUGACCACCGACGAGAGCGGUGUCAUCACAGGCAUCACUUCCAAGGAGGGCGAAGUGGUCGAGCUGCGUCAGACCAUCUCUCUGCUUCAAACGCCUCGUAUCAACGAGUGGCUGGGUGCAUUGGAGAGGAAUAUGAAGACUACUCUUGCGGAGCUGACUUUCGAAGCAUUCGAGGAAUUUGCACAGCUCAUGUCAGCCGACACCAUGGACCCGUCUGACUUCAGCAACUAUAUUGCAAAGUUUCCAACCCAGGUCGUUGUACUUGGCACACAAAUCGCAUGGACCCAGGCAGUGGAAGCAUCUCUCGCCGCGGAGGGCAACACCUUGUCAAAUCUGUAUGAGAAGCAAGUCAACAUCCUCAAACUCCUGGCUGCCUCGGUACUCGGCGACCUUGAGCCUAUUCAACGCAGGAAGUGCGAGGAUCUCAUCACCGAGUUCGUGCACCAACGUGACGUUCUCCACAGGCUUCACAAGGUUGGCGCCAGCUCGCCGACUCACCAUAUGUGGCUCCUUACGAUGCGCUACACACACGAGCCUGGCAACGAUUUGCUCCAGCGUCUCAAGAUCAAGAUGGCCAACGCCGUCCUGGACUAUGGUUUCGAGUACCUGGGUGUAGCCGAUCGUCUUGUCAGGACACCACUUACCGAUCGCUGUUUCCUUACCCUCACGCAGGCUAUGUGCCAGCGUCUUGGUGGGUCGCCAUAUGGACCUGCUGGUACCGGAAAGACCGAAUCCGUCAAGGCCCUCGGUGUCCAGCUCGGUCGCUUCACUCUCGUCUUCUGUUGUGACGACACAUUCGACUUCCAGGCCAUGGGCAGAAUCUUCCUUGGUCUGUGCCAGGUCGGCGCCUGGGGCUGCUUCGACGAGUUCAACCGUCUCGAGGAGCGUAUCCUCUCCGCUGUCUCUCAGCAGAUUCAGAACAUCCAGCUUGGUCUGAAGAAGGGCGCCGAAGAUGACAAGGCUCAGAUCGAACUCGUUGGACGCCAGCUCAAGGUCAACGCCAACACGGGUGUUUUCAUCACGAUGAACCCUGGAUAUGCCGGUCGAUCCAACUUGCCUGACAAUUUGAAGAAGUUGUUCCGAAGUAUCGCCAUGUCCAAGCCUGACAAGGAGCUGAUUGCCGAAGUCAUGCUCUACUCUCAGGGUUUCUCUCAAGCUAAGGAUCUUUCGAAGCAGGUUGUGCCGUUCUUUGACAGCUGUGCUUCCAGCCUGUCUAAGCAAGCCCAUUACGAUUUCGGUCUGCGCGCCCUGAAGAGCGUACUUGUCAGCUCUGGUGGGCUGAAGCGAGCUCGCAUCGCCGUUAUCGACACUGCGGAGGCCGAUGAAGCUGUCAUGGAGCCACAGAUCAUUGUUCAGAGUCUACGGGAGACUAUCGCUCCCAAGCUCAUCCGCUCCGAUGUUGACAUUAUGCGCAGCAUCGAGGAAGAGGCUUUCCCUGGCGUCCAGUACAUCCCUGCACCUCUCGACAAGCUCACCGCCGCCAUCCGCAAGCAGGCAGCUGAUUCGAAGCUGGUCGUCAGCGAGGCUUGGAUGACGAAGAUCCUCCAGCUGUACCAGAUUCAGAAUCUACACCAUGGUGUCAUGAUGGUCGGAUCAUCUGGGUCGGGCAAAUCUGCGGCAUGGAGAACGCUCUUGCGGGCGCUGCAAGAUGCCGACGGCAUUGAGGGCGUUUGCCACGUGAUCGACCCGAAAGUCAUGUCCAAAGAGCAACUCUAUGGCGUCUUGGACAACACGACUCGCGAGUGGACUGAUGGUCUGUUUACCGGCAUCCUCCGCAAGAUCGUCGACAACCUCCGUGGCGAGGACAGCAAGCGUCACUGGAUCGUAUUCGAUGGCGAUGUCGACCCCGAAUGGGUGGAGAACUUAAACUCUGUUCUUGACGAUAACAAACUCCUCACCCUGCCCAAUGGUGAGCGUCUCAACCUCCCUUCCAACGUGCGCAUCAUGUUCGAAGUCGAGACGCUGAAGUACGCUACAUUGGCUACAGUUUCUCGAUGUGGUAUGGUGUGGUUCAGCGAGGAUACUGUCAAUAUUGACAUGAUGGUCGAGAACUACAUUCAGAACCUCAAAGCCACUGCGUUUGAAGAUAUUGAGGACGACACUGUUGCACCCGGACAGAUGUCACAGCAGACACUUUCUACACAGGUCCUCAUUGCAGACUAUCUGAAGGUCAAACUCACUCAGGACCGCUUCAUCGAGAAGGCGCUUAGCAUGGCGCGCAAGUUCAGACACAUCAUGGAGUACACCGACAUCCGCGCGCUCAACACUCUCUUCUCGCUCCUCAACAAAGCCUGUCGGAACGUCCUCGAGUACAACGUGCAGCAUCAAGACUUCCCCCUCGACGACGACAGAAUGGAGGCCUAUCUUUCCAAGAAGCUACUUGUUGCCAUCGUCUGGGCACUUGUCGGUGACUGCCCGCUGUCGGAUCGCAAGCAGUUCGGUGACCUUUUGGCGGGCAUGACUGAUGUGCAGCUACCACCCCUUAAUGAGUCGAAUUCUCUGAUUGACUACGAUGCCAAGCCGGAGAAGGCUGAUUGGGACAUGUGGCAGGACCAGGUCCCUAACAUCGAGGUCAACACGCACUCCAUCGUCCAGACAGAUGUUGUUAUUCCCACGCUCGACACGGUCCGUCACGAGGAUGUUCUCUAUUCAUGGCUUGCUGAGCACAAACCACUCCUUUUGUGUGGUCCACCAGGUUCCGGAAAGACUAUGACACUCUUCAGCGCGCUUAAGAAGCUGUCGCACAUGCAAGUUGUCGACCUCAACUUCUCCAGUGCAACAACCCCCGACCUGCUCAUCAAGACUUUCGAGCAGCACUGCGAGUACAAGAAGACCGUGAAUGGUGUGCAGCUCACCCCAACCCAGAUAGGUCGUUGGAUCGUCAUCUUCUGCGACGAGAUCAAUUUGCCCGCCCCUGACAAGUACGGCACUCAGCGCGCAAUCUCGUUCCUUCGUCAACUUGUGGAACACAAUGGAUUCUGGAGGACUUCUGACAAGACUUGGGUUACUCUUGAUCGUAUCCAAUUCGUGGGUGCUUGCAACCCUCCCACGGAUGCAGGCCGUACUCCUAUGGGUCUGCGUUUCCUACGCCACGCUCCAUUGGUCAUGGUUGACUAUCCCGGCGAGCAGUCUCUUCUGCAGAUUUACGGAACGUUCACAAGCGCUGUGCUGAAGAUCAUCCCCACAUUGCGCGGUUACUCGGAUGCACUUACUCGAGCCAUGGUCCAGCUGUACUCCGAGUCGCAGAAGAGAUUUACUCCAGACAUCCAGCCACACUACAUUUACUCGCCUCGUGAGCUUACGCGUUGGGUGCGUGGUAUUUACGAAGCCUUACGACCGCUCGAGACGUUGCCAGUGGAAGGCCUUAUCAGGAUCUGGGCACACGAAGCUCUACGACUAUUCCAAGAUCGUCUCAUUGCGGAAGAUGAGCGAGCAUGGACCGCGGAAUGUGUACAUCGCGUCGCAUUGGAGCACUUCCCUACCAUCGACGAGGACAAAGCCCUUGGAGGACCUAUCCUAUUCUCGAACUGGCUGUCAAAGAACUACGUGCCAGUUGAGCGUGACCAGCUCCGCGACUUUGUCAAAGCCCGUCUCCGUACCUUUUGUGAAGAAGAGGUUGACGUUCCUCUCAUUCUGUUCAACGAUGUUCUCGAGCACGUCCUCCGAAUUGAUCGUGUAUUCCGCCAGCCUCAGGGUCAUCUUAUCCUCAUCGGUGUCAGUGGCUCUGGCAAGACUACGCUAUCGCGCUUUGUUGCUUGGAUGAACGGCCUCAGGGUGUAUCAGAUCAAAGUUCACGGCAAAUACACGAGUGACGACUUCGACGAGGAUCUUCGCACCGUUCUUCGUCUUUGUGGAUGCAAGAACCAAAAGAUCUGCUUCAUCCUUGAUGAAGCCAACGUCCUCGACUCCGGUUUCUUGGAGCGCAUGAACACCCUGCUUGCGAACGCUCAAGUGCCUGGUCUCUUCGAAGGCGAUGAGUAUACUGCUCUCAUGACAUCUAUCAAAGAGGGCGCUCAGCGGCAAGGUGUCGUUCUCGACUCUCAGGAAGAGCUCUACAAAUGGUUCACGGAACAGAUCGUCAAGAACCUACACGUAGUCUUCACGAUGAACCCUCCCGAAGAGGGUCUGUCAUCCAAGGCUGCAACCAGUCCCGCCCUUUUCAACCGUUGUGUGCUCAAUUGGUUCGGCGAUUGGUCAGACCAGGCUUUGUUCCAAGUAGGCUCCGAACUUACUCACUCUGUCGACCUGGACCGGUCGAAUUAUGUGGCGCCAGACAGCAUUCCAGUUGCUUACAGCGGACUCAAUCUUCCACCGUCUCACCGCGAGAGUGUUGUUAACGCCAUGGUCGCUGUUCAUCACUCGCUAAGAAGCAAGAACGAGAAACUCCAGAAGACACAGAACCGCAAGAUGUACCUGACACCACGCCACUUCUUGGAUUUUGUCGCACAAUACGUCAAGCUAUACAACGAAAAGCGCGAUGAUCUCGAAGAGCAACAGCGCCAUCUCAACGUGGGUCUGGAAAAGCUUACUGAGACGUUCGACAAAGUUGCAGUCCUGCGCAAGAGUCUCGCCGAGAAGAAGAUUCAACUCGAGCAGAAGAGCAAAGAGGCAGCCCAGAAGCUGCAGCAGAUGGUAGCCGAUCAACGUACAGCUGAAGACAAGAAAAAGGGCGCCGAGGAGAUGGAGGCUCGCCUCGAGCAAGAACGCAAAGAAAUCGAGGAGCGUAAAGUGGAGGCCAACCGCGACCUGGAAGCAGCCGAACCUGCUGUCAUCGAAGCGCAAAAGAGCGUGCAGAACAUCAAGCGACAGCAUUUGACAGAAGUAAGGUCCAUGAACAAGCCACCGUCCGGUGUCAAGCUUGCUCUGGAAGCCGUGUGCACGAUUCUUGGAGAAAAGCCAGCCCACUGGAAGGACAUCCAAGCUAUUGCCAGGCGUGACGACUUUAUCGCCAGAAUCGUUGCGUUUAACAACGAAGAGCAAAUGACCAAGUCUCUUAGCACCACGAUGACCCGUGAGUACCUGAACAACGAAGAUUUCACCGUCGAAAAGGCCAAUCGCGCAUCGAAGGCGUGCGGUCCCCUUGUACAGUGGACAACGGCACAAGUCCAGUACGCCGAGAUCCUCGCUCGAGUCGACCCUCUCCGCAAGGAGGUUUCCGAGCUCGAACAAAAACUGGCGGAGACUGAACGGGGAGCUAGAGAGACGCAAGUCUUGAUUGAGAAGCUUGAUAAAAAUAUUGCUCGCCUGCAGCAGGACUAUGCUGUACUGAUUCAGGACAAGACGACGAUCCAGAAAGAGAUGUCCGACGUCGAAUUCAAGGUCAACCGCAGCAUGCGUCUUCUUGACAGUCUGUCCUCCGAGCAGACUCGCUGGAAUGAGAGCAGCAGGUCUUUCGACUCUCAGAUUGACACCAUAGUCGGUGACGUUCUGAUCGCUGCCGCUUUCAUAGCGUACGCUGGCUACUACGAUCAGCAAUACAGGAAAGCUCUGACAGAAGACUGGUAUGACCAGCUUAAGAACUCGGGCAUCAGCUUCAAGACACCCAACCCGAUCACGGAGUACCUGUCAACUGCUGACGAUCGACUAACGUGGCAGCAAAACGGUCUGCCUGUUGACGACCUGUGCACAGAGAACGCCAUCGUACUGCAGCGCUUCAACCGCUACCCUCUGAUCAUCGAUCCUUCCGGUAGGACUACGGAGUUCUUACAGAAUGAAUGCAAGGAACGCCGCCUCACAGUCACAAGUUUCCUCGACGACUCGUUCGUCAAGCAGCUGGAGAGCUCGUUACGUUUUGGUAAUCCCAUUCUCAUCCAAGAUGCCGAGUACCUGGACCCGAUUCUGAACCACGUUCUUAACAAGGAGUACCAGAAGACUGGAGGUCGUGUGCUCAUUCCUCUCGGCAAGCAAGAGAUCGACUUUUCACCGACGUUCCGCUUGUACCUCUCGACGCGCGAUCCUUCAGCCAACUUUGCGCCCGAUAUCUGCAGUCGUACUACGUUUGUCAACUUUACAGUCACGCAGAGCAGCUUGCAGACCCAGACUCUGAACGAAGUACUCAAGUCGGAACGACCGGAUGUUGACGAGCGCCGUUCCAACCUCAUCAAGAUGCAGGGCGAGUUCGCCGUCCAUCUCCGCCAGCUUGAGAAGCGGCUUCUACAAGCCCUCAACGAGUCUCGCGGUAACAUUCUCGAUGACGAUCGUGUCAUCGAGACCCUCGAGACGCUCAAGAAAGAGGCCAAAGAGAUCUCGGACAAGGUGUCUGAAACGGCCGGCGUCAUGACAGAGGUCGAGAAUAUCACCAAGGAGUACACCGUCGUUGCCCGUUCCUGCUCAGCCAUCUUCGCCGUCUUGGAGCAACUGCAUCACCUCAACCACUUCUACCAGUUCUCCUUGCAAUACUUUACGCAGAUCUUCGAGGCUGUGCUCCGCAAGGUCAGGAACGGUUCCGAGACCAACCACGUCGCUCGCAUUGACCAGAUCAUUGCCGAGCUGUUUGUUAACGCUUACCGCCGGACCUCGCUUUCUCUGCUGCAGAAGGACCGCGUCACCUUCGCUAUGCUUCUUGUACAGGCUGCACCUUACAAAAUGGACAAGACCCUCAUUGACAAGAUCCUUGACGUCGACGUUGAGGCGGUUGAUGUUUCCACUCAGCCUGAACGCAGAGAAGAGGCUCUGCAGCGGACCAGCAAGAUGUCAAUCUUCAGGGAUGAGUUGGAGAAGGUCACAGACGGUGAUUGGGAUACGUUCCUGACUGAAGAGCUUGCCGAACGACACGUGCCGCAGGCUUGGCCCGAGAACCUCAACAAGUUCGACAAGCAGCUGCGGGCCCUGAUCCUGGUCAAGUUGUUCCGCGUCGAUCGUUUCGUGCCUGCAGUCGAACGCUUCGUUACGGAAGUGUUCGGCAAGGGUAUCCUUGACGCCACUGGUGAUCUCGGCGAUAUCGUCAAGCAAGUCAACGCCAUCACCCCUGUUGCACUGAGCUCCAGCCCUGGAUUCGACGCCAGUUACAAGGUCGACAACCUCGUCGAGAGAGAACGCGUGUCCUGCGCAAAUAUUGCCAUGGGUUCUGACGAGGGUGCUACGACCGCAGAUAAGGCCAUUGCGAAUGCCGCCACCACUGGCAACUGGGUGCUUGUCAAAAAUGUUCACCUUGCUCCCCAGUGGCUGCAGUCACUCGAAAAGAGGCUGGAAGCACUCAAGCCCAACCCCGACUUCCGUCUCUUCUUGUCCAUGGAGUCAAGCCCGAAGAUCCCUGUCAAUCUACUUCGUGCUUCUCGCGUCCUGUCUUACGAGCAGCCUGCUGGUAUUCGCGCAAACAUGAAGGAUUCGCUUUCUUCCCUGGCGGAGAAGGCUAACAAGCCACCAGUCGAGAAAGCACGUGUAUAUCUCAUCCUGUCCUUCUUGCACGCUGUGGUCCAAGAGCGUCUUCGCUACGCGCCCACGCUCGGCUGGAAUGGGUUCUGGGAGUUCAAUGACAGCGAUUACGAGUGCUGUAGCUUCAUCGUCGAUACCUGGAUUGACACCGUCGCACAAGGCCGCUCCAACAUCGCCCCUGCCAAGAUACCAUGGGAGAUGAUCACGACUCUCAUCACCGAGAUGUACGGCGGCAAGAUCGACAAUGAAGCUGACUGGCGCAUUCUCGCAUCCAUCGUGCAGGAGUGCAUGACGCCCGCAGCCUUCGAGGACAACUUCAAGAUCGUCAAGGAGACAGAGCACAGCGAGGGUCUCGAGCUCCCGAGCUCCACGGGCUGGAAGGACUUCAUGCAGUGGGUCAACGAUCUGCCUGAGCGCGAGCCACCGACGUACCUGGGCUUACCAGCAAAUGCGGAGAAAUUGCUGCUGGUCGGACAGGCCAAGGAGAUGGUUGGCAACUUGAAGAGGGUGGUGGACAUGCUGGAUGAGGGAGAGCAGAUCAUGGCGGAGGCUGAGUCGUAG